AUGCCCACCACACACGCGGGCAUCACCUCCCAAGAGGUGCACGCCAAAAUCAACCUCCUCAUCUCCGCCAUGGUCUCGAUCCGCGACAAAACCGGCGAAUUUCUUCUCACCCUCCCCGACGGCCGCAUAAUCGACACCAAAGGCUGGCAAGACUGGGAAUGGACGCACGGCAUCGGCCUCUACGGCAUCUGGCAGUACUACACCAUGACCAACUCGCCCGCCCACCUGGCCAUCAUCGAGGACUGGUUCGCCGCGCGCUUCGCCGCGGGCGGCACCACCAAGAACAUCAACACCAUGGCCGCCUUCCUCACCCUCGCCUGCGUCUACGAGCGCACCCGCAACCCGGCCUACCUGCCCUGGCUCGACGCCUGGGCCGAGUGGGCGUACCACGAUCUGCCGCGCACCCGCCACGGGGGCAUGCAGCAUAUUACGUAUCUGGAGGAGAAUAGGGGCCAGUUGUGGGACGAUACGUUGAUGAUGACGGUGCUGCCGCUGGCGAAGAUUGGGUUGGUGCUGGGGCGGCCGCAUUAUGUGGACGAGGCGAAGCGGCAGUUUUUGCUGCAUGUGCAGUAUUUGUUUGAUGCGAAGACGGGGUUGUUUUUUCAUGGGUGGGAGUUUGCGGAGGAGGGGCCGGGGGGGCAUCAUUUUGCGGAGGCGAGGUGGGCGCGGGGGAAUAGUUGGUUGACGAUUGCGGUGCCGGAGUUUUUGGAGCUGUUGCGGGAGGGCGGGGUGAGGGAUCAGGCGUUUGAGGCUGUCCUGAGGGAUACGUUGUUGGCGCAGUGCCAGGCGCUGGGGCCGCUGCAGGAGGCGGCGACGGGGUUGUGGCGGACGUUGUUGGACGUGUCUGAGGCGGAGGGCUCGUACCCCGAGGCGAGCGCCACGGCGGGGUUUGCGUUUGGCGUGCUCAAGGGGCAGAGGAAGCGGGAUCUUGGGGGGGAGUUUGACGAGAUGGCGAUUCGGGCGGUUAAGGGGGUGUUGGCGAAUAUCAGCGAGGAUGGGGAGUUGUUGAAUACGUCGUUUGGGACGGCCAUGGGGAGGGAUCUGCAGCACUACAAGGAUAUUCCCGUGACAAGUAUGCCGUAUGGGCAAGCCAUGGCGAUCAUGGCGCUCGUCGAGUUCUCGAGGAGGUAUCUCUGA